UGUGAAUGCAGCUUUUGGCUCCCGCUGGGACAACGAGGGCCACGCCAACAUUCACUGCCGGUGGCACCAAAACCACACACAGCUGGGCUUAUAUUCAUGUGAAUAAAGAAGAUUGAAAGGGAAGACAACAACAACAGCGGAAAAAAAGGGCUCCCUGAGAGAAUUUCUGUCUGUCAACUUUGUCAUUUUCCAGUUUAGCAUGGAUACAGACCAACCUGGAAAUCAUCAGAUCAACGAAGCAAACUGUCCUCUCGGCACAAACACCGGGGACGGUCUGCUCAUCACUUUGGAAAAGGGCUCUCAAGAAAAAAGGGGCUGUGGAUUAGCAUUUGGCAACAGGGAAGAAGGGAAGUGCAGGCCAGAAGAAAUCAAGGAGGAGGACAAGGGGGGGAACAGAAGUGUCGUCAGAGAGCAGAAGGAGAAGGUUGUGGAAGUUCUGAAAGAGCUGAAUGAGUUUCAUGCGGAGAUACUGACAGAUUGGAGGAAGGUUAUUCACGAAUGCGCCGGCAUGCUUGAAAAGUUUCCACAAGGGUGCGAUGAACAUCACGCUGCCUCUACAAAAGAUGUUUCAGAGUAUAAAACUACAUCCCGUUCAGAAUCCGAUGGCAUUUUGAGCGUUGGGGAAGACAUGGAGGACCUCCUGGACAGAGUGACCAAAAUCAUUCCAAAGCUGGACGCCGCAGUGCUCCAGUUAUCCACGCUCGAGGAGUCGGCUGCCGCCUUUCAGGAACCCAGAGACGAGGACGUUCCAGAUCAAACGGAGGAUGUCAUGAAGCAGCGAUCUGAAUAUAAUCUGGAGCUCAGAGAAGAAGUUCAAGAUGCUCAAAAUGAAGAAAACACCCUGGACUCUGGAUUCAACAGUUCAAACUGCAGCACGGAGAAAGAGACCGAAGAGAAAACCAGCGUCGGAGGUCAAGAGAAGGAUUUUUACAAUCAGGCUACUUCACUGGAAGCAGAGGAGAAAGACAGAGAGAAUAAAACUAAGCGGGGAACAGAAGAGAAAUGGAUUACAACAUGGUAGGCUGCCACGACCAUCGCAGUGUUUUUAUUCUAACUUCUUCGACUGGGCCAUUCUGAUACAUGACUAUGCGUUUUAUGCAGCUGUAGGUCUGUCUGCAUAUUUAAGGUUGUUGUCCUUUCAGAAGAUGAACUUCUGCUCUGUCCUCAAGUAUUUAUGCACCCUAAUUUGAUUCAGUGACAUUUUGUCACGGUAACCUGCUUUGAACGUCUCCACAACCUUCUCCUUGGCCUGUUUGCAGCGUUCUUUGGUCUUCGUGAUGCUUUUAGUGUCUCUGAUGUUCUUUAAAAAACAAAAAAGAAACCUCUGAAGCAGAAAAAAAUGAUGGAAUUGUACUGAGAUUAAAAACCCGCAGGUGGUUAGAAAGUACAGUAUGUGACUUCUCAAGGCAGUUAAUGGCUUUA